CCAGAUAUCGGAUGACUUUUCAAAUUAGUGGCUAGAUUUCUUUGCAAACAAUCUUUUAUUCUAAAAACUUUGAAACGGAACACAGACGGAGGUUUUGUGCGAUGGCAUCACGGUUGUGGUUGUGCUUCUUCUUCGGCUUGAUGAUCACCGACGCCCUAACUCGAGCUCAAAACACCACCGAUCCAGCUGAAGUGCGAGUUAUAAAUGCAAUGUUCAGCCAAUGGGGGAUACCAGAGAGCUCAGCAACAGAGAUGGGAUGGAACAUAAGUGGAAACCCAUGCACCGGCGCCGCCGUGGACUCUAGCGACUUUGGUGCCGAUACCUACAAUCCCGGCAUCAAAUGCGACUGUAAUAUCCCCAAUUCUACUACUUGCCACAUUACCCAAGUAAAAGUUGUUGCAAUGGAUGCUGUGGGCCCAAUCCCAGAAGGACUUUGGACUUUGACUUACCUUAUCGAUCUUAAUUUAGCCCAGAAUUACUUGACAGGUUCCUUGUCACCUUCCAUUGGCAAUUUAAGUCGUAUGCAGUACCUGAGUUUCGGGACCAAUGCAUUAUCAGGGCAGGUUCCACCAGAGCUAGGACAGCUUACUGACCUUAGAUCUCUCUCAUUUGGCACAAACAAUUUCACUGGUUCCCUUCCAUCUGAACUUGGAAAUUUGAGAAGAUUGGAAGGGCUUUACAUUGAUAGUGCUGGAGUUGGUGGUGAAAUACCUCCUUCAUUUGCUAAUUUACGGAACCUACAGAUAGUAGGGGCUUCUGAUAAUGGAUUCACAGGCAGAAUACCGGACUUUAUAGGGAAUUGGACACAGUUACAAGAAUUCAGGAUUGAGGGAAACUCUUUUGAAGGUUCAAUACCACCUUCAUUUUCUAGACUGACCUCUCUGCAGGACUUGAGGAUAAUCGGUUUAUCUAAUGGAACUCUCGACUUUAUUAGGGAUUUGAAGUCCCUGAGUGUUCUAACUUUGAGGAAUAACGGACUUUCUGGUUCUAUUCCUAAUGACAUAGGAGAAUAUGUAGACUUGGUAGCACUGGAUUUGAGUUUCAACAAUUUGAGUGGGGAGAUUCCAAGAGGAUUGUUCACCUUGAGUGAAAUGUCUUUCUUGUUUCUUGGAAACAACAGCUUAACUGGUACUCUUCCUAAUGUAAAGAGCAGAACUCUCAACAAUAUUGAUUUGUCAUACAAUGAACUAUCUGGGACACUUCCUUCUUGGGCCACUGACCCAAACUUACAACUCCACAUACUUGUGAACAACUUCACUUUAAACGAUUCAGGAUUAAAUUGUCUCCAAAGGGAUUUCCCUUGUGGGCGUGGAUCACCAAGAUAUAGUAACCUUGGAAUCAAUUGUGGUGGCCCACAAAUUACAUCCUCAAGUCAGAUAGUCCACGAGCAAGAUAACAACCCUCUUGGUCCAGCAACAUACUAUUUGACCCCCGAAAUGAGGUGGGGUGUCAGCAAUGUGGCACGAAGGGACAUCCCUUCUAACAGCAUAGAUCCCACCCAACGCUAUUUCAACAACACAAUAGCCUCCAGUGUAAACCAGUUCACGGACACUACAGAUUCAGGACUCUUCCAAACAGCAAGACUCUCCGCUGGAUCAUUAAGAUAUUACGGUUUAGCCCUCGAGAAUGGUAACUACACCGUAAAACUCCAGUUUGCAGAAAUUGUGAUUGAAAAUGGUCCCACUUGGAGAAGCCUUGGAAGACGAUUAUUUGACAUUUAUAUCCAGGGAAACCAGGUGUUUAAAGAUUUUGAUAUUAAAAGGGAAGCAGGGGGGGCUUCAUUUAGCCCUGUUACAAGGGAAGUGACAGUUGACGUUAUAAAUAACUACCUUGAGAUUCAUCUAUUAUGGACUGGAAAAGGAACUUGUUGUGUACCUGAUCAAGGAACUUUUGGACCUCUCAUAUCAGCAAUCAGUGCCACCCCAAAUUUCAUCCCUAGUGUGAGCAACAAUCUGCCUUCCAACAACAAGAACAAUAAUACCGGUUUGAUUGUGGGGAUUUUAGUUCCGAUUGGAGCUGUGAGCUUUUUGACAUUAUUAGCCCUGUAUAUUCUUCGUCAGCGAAGGAAGAGGAAGGAUACAUCCGGAAAAUGUGAUGAAGAGUUUUUGGGAAUUGAUCACACAAGGCCAUAUACUUUUGGUUAUGGAGAUUUAAGAGAUGCAACGGAUGAUUUUAGUCCUGCAAAUAAGCUUGGUGAGGGUGGUUUUGGACCUGUUUACAAGGGAACACUUGAAGAUGGGAGAGUAAUAGCUGUCAAACUACUCUCCGUAGCCUCACACCAAGGCAAGUCCCAAUUUGUUGCAGAAAUUGCCACAAUAUCCGCAGUCCAACACCGUAACCUCGUGAAACUCUAUGGAUCCUGCAUCGAUGGAGAAAAACGACUUCUCGUCUACGAGUAUCUUGAAAACAAGAGUCUUGAUCAAGCAUUAUUCGGAAGCAGCAGAUUGUCGCUUAAAUGGUCAACCCGUUUUGAUAUAUGCAUGGGAUUAGCACGGGGUCUCACGUAUCUCCAUGAGGAAUCACGCAUACGGAUUAUACAUCGAGAUGUGAAAUCUAGCAAUGUUUUACUUGAUUCUGAUCUGAACCCUAAGAUAUCGGAUUUCGGUCUGGCUAAACUUUAUGAUGACAAGAAAACACACUUGAGUACUCGUGUUGCAGGCACAUUUGGAUAUCUUGCACCAGAGUAUGCAAUGUGGGGACACCUUACGGAGAAGGCCGAUGUGUUUGGGUUUGGAGUUGUGGCUUUAGAGAUUAUCAGUGGAAGGCCCAACUCUGAUUCGAGUUUGGAAGAUGAGAAAAUAUAUCUUCUUAAUUGGGCAUGGAAGCUACAUGAAGGUAAUCGUGAAUUAGAGUUAGUGGAUGAAGAAUUGUCUGAAUUUAAUGAGACCGAAGUGAAAAGAAUGACGAGAGUUGCCCUUUUAUGUACGCAAACCUCGCCAACACAACGGCCAUCAAUGUCACGUGUGGUGGCAAUGCUUUCCGGAGACAUAGAAGUAACUGGUGUCAUUACUCGGCCAGAGUACCUGACUUAUUUUGAGUUUGAUGACUCUACAACAUUUAAGAGUGCUACUCCAACUUCAACUAUGAAUUAGGUAUGUGACCUAAUUUCCCGUCAUG